GAGGCCAACUCCGCCUGCUUGAGUCACAGCUGGGGCUGGGGAGGAGCCGGGGAAAGGCGGCCCCAGUCCAGAGCGCAUCCAGCGGUGGCACGGAGCGCAGACCGUCUGGGAUCAUGGGGGAAAGCACCCUGGAACCCAGGCCUGUAUCGGGGGCACAGGUGGAGGGCCCUGUGCACGCCGUGACGGUGGUGACUUUGCUGGAGAAACUGGCCACCAUGCUGGAGGCGCUGCGGGAGCGGCAGGGCGGCCUAGCACAGAGGCAGGGCGGCCUGGCGGGCUCGGUGCGCCGCAUCCAGAGCGGCCUGGGCGCGCUGAGCCGCAGCCACGACACCACCAGCAACACGCUGGCGCAGCUCCUGGCCAAGGCGGAGCGCGUGGGCUCCCACGCCGACGCCGCCCAGGAGCGCGCCGCGCGCCGCGCCGCCCAGGUGCAGCGGCUGGAAGCCAACCACGGGCUGCUGGUGGCGCGUGGGAAGCUCCACGUCGUGCUGUUCAAGGAGGAGGGCGAGAUCCCAGCCAACGCCUUCCAGAAAGCGACCGAGCCCUUGAGCCCGGAGGACCAGGCCGAGCUGGGCCCGGAGCGGCCGGAGGCCGACGCGGGGGCGAGUUCGGACGAGGAGCCGGUGGAGUCCCGGGCGCGGCGGCUGCGGCGCACAGGGCUGGAGAAGGUCCAGAGUCUGAGACGGGCUCUCUCGGGCCGGAAAGGCCCUGCGGCGCCACCCGCGACCCCGGUCAAGCCUCCUCGCCUGGGGCCGGGCCGGAGCGCUGACGCUCAGCCCGAAGCCCAGCCCGCCGCCGAGCCCGCGCCCCCGCAGGACGCCCAGGAAGACUCCCCCAAAACUGAUGCCGCGGAAUCGGAAGCGGCUCUGCUCCAAAUCCAGAGUGCGGCCUGAAGGCUGGGGCUUGCUGGUCCCGCCCGCGCGUGCCCACACCUGGUCCCAAAAUAAAUCCUUCCCCCAAAGGCAGCGCUCAGGCCCAAAUAAGGAGGGGAUUCUGCGUCCACAGCCCAGCUCAGGCCCUCCCUUCCGGGCUGCUUCAACCCAGUACCCCGUGUCGUCCACAGAAGGAGCCACGGCGCACGCGCCUGCUUGCAUUCUCCACUGACCACCAAUAAACCGAUUUCACUGAA